UUGGAGGAUCCACUAAAGUUCUCGGCAAUAUCAGCCUGCUGUAUUCAGUUCUGCUUCAUUCCGACGACCUUCGAGCUCACACGUUGUAACCCCUGGAAAAUUUCUCAUGUCAUUGACUCUAAUUUUACUCUGGACGACCCCAUUCGGAGACCGGUUUUGCAUAUGUUACCGCAGAAGAACACAGGGACGACGAUGCCAUUUUAAGCCUCCCCCUUCGAAGACCAAGUGGUCUAGGGUGAUAUCUAAGCCACUUCAUUCUCCGCAUCAUUCAGAUUCUGAGCUCGAACGCGACCAUCACCCUGGCUCGAACCAUACAGAUGAUGAUACAGAUCGUCAGACACCCGAAUCAACGAAUUCUCCGCCAGGACCGUUAUUGAUAUUACAUCAACUGUGAUAUUGGCCAUACUGGUUCUUAUCUUUUUGGUACCUCUUCUCGGUGUCGGUCUCCGCGUUCAUCUGAAUCUUGGCUCCUGACAUGCUGAAACCACCUCUACGGCAUCUUUUCAAUCGUGCCCGUAGUGCGCUCUUCCAAAAUGGAUAUAUAAUACCCUCUCUCAUGGGGUUGUUCCCUCAGCCUU